GACACUAAUAAGACCCUGUUGGUCACGAUUUUAAUAUUCCAAAUUGGGCAUAUAUCAAACAAAAAAGAUUAUCAAAUUAUCAAAUAUUUUAAAAUGUUAGAUCAGACGAAACUUUUACAUUCACUAGUUGUAAAUUAUACUCUAAAUGACAAUACAGUCGAUUCUUUUGUACCUUUCAUUCUUGAAACGAUAACGAACUAUCAAUUAUUAGCCACAGAGAAAGCCAAUAAUGCAAGGCAAGAAACCAGCUCGGCAGAACAAGGCUCGGUUCAUAAAUGGUGUACACGCAUUAAUUCCCUGUUACAGUCCAAAGUUAGUGGUGCGAAAUGGGCUGGGGUUUCUUUUGUGAAAAUUUCUAUCCAACAAUCAGAGACUCUGUUUAUUCAACACUUACAAUCAUGGUCUUCUGCUUUAUUAACUUUGCUUACGCGACCGGAAUCAACUCUUAUUUUGGCCGAUGUCAUUUGGACUCUUUCUAACAUGUUUGGAAAAACAAUUAACAAACCUGAACUACAAAGGGAAGUAACUUCACAACAACUUCCUCGAUUUAAUACAACUCUUUUAAAUCUAUCGGAAAAUCAAGAACUUUUGUCCACAAUAUUUGACGCUUUAUCUCAGUCAUGCAUGCAGUUUCCAACUAUAUUUCGCCCAUUUGUUGAAAAUACUCAAAAAUUGUGUCUUGGUGUCCUGGAUGGAACGUUUGAUUAUGGAUCUUUUGUUGUCCAAUCUGCUGCUAAGUGUCUUGCGAGUAUAACAAAUACUGGUGGCAAAACAAAUUCUUUGGUUCAUUGGAAGUCAAUUUCAUUAAGAUUAAUUGGAUCAUUAAAUUUCUUAUUGGACCGGUUAUUUGACACGAUUGACGAAGAAAAGCAUGCAUCAAAUAAUCUGCUUCAAUUUGAGUUCCCUUCGGUUCCUGAUGAUUAUAUUAUUGCCUUUCCAAUUUUAUUUUCGAGAUUCCAAUGUUUGUGUGAAUGCAUUAUCUCUUUAGUGAGUUUGCCGACUUCCAUACCAGUUCAUGUUCCCAUGAAUCAGUUCCUUGACCUCCUCUGCAGGGUUUAUAACGUUUGCGAUGGCUCAUUUAUUGUAAACAAAGAUAAGAAUGAAUUUUAUACACUUAUGCUGGGUGUGCCAUCAUUUGCAGGAGAAUAUUUUACGCGUCAUUUGCGUUUAAUAUCAGAUAUAAUAUUGAAACUAUUAGAAAAGUCCAGGGACAAAUGGCUAUUACGUAGUUCUAUAUAUCGAUUGACUUCUCUUUGUAUGCAGAAAUAUGGAAUUGGAUUUGUACAUUUUAUAUCAUCAUCUCUGCUGACUUCCAUUAUUGAUGAUAUUAGAUUAAAACAAAAACCACAGUGUGAUGUAUUAACAAGCAUAGUAUCUAGUACCGGAAAGAAAGGAGGCAAGAAUAAGAAACGACAAAUUACAAAUUCAGAUGAACUUAUCAAUUCUGGCAUUCAAGAAUUUAAUAAUGUGGAUGUACAAAUUAGUGCUUUGGAAGUUUUGAAAACCUUGCUUAUGGUUGGUGGUUCCUCGAUACCUUACAAUUCUCGCUCUACUAUUGAUAAUAUCAUUCUGUCACGGAUUUUGGCACCGUUUUCCCAACUUAUAAAUUCUUCAGGUACAACUCAUAACGAAAGUGACAUUCAACUCAAGUUAUAUGAAUGUUUACUUGCUUUAAUUGUGGCUCCAUCCGCGUUUCAACCCACAAUACUUCCUCAUGCCCUACGUAUUUUUUCAUCCGGUCUAAAUGCGCAGUCACGACAAUUACAAUCAUUUAGUUCUCAGGCAUUAGCAAUAUGCGAUCUUAUGUUUCAUAGUCGUUUACCACCACUUCAAAGAAUACCUAAUGAUUCGAUAUCCUUAUCUGAAAAGAAUGUUCAUGAGGGUGAAUCUAAAGAAAAUAUUAAUAAUAUGGAAUCUGAAGAAAAUAUUAAUAAUAUAGAACCUGAAGAAAAUAUUAAUAAUAUAGAACCUGAAGAAAAUAUUAAUAAUAUAGAACCUGAAGAAAAUAUUAAUAGUAUAGAACCUGAAGAACAUGGUAGUAAUAUGGAAGACCAGACUCAACUGUAUAAGUCGUUCCGGAACGAUUAUUUUGAUUCCGAUGAUAACGAGGAUGAAGAAAUGCCCGAUAUUGUACCAGAUGGCCCAGAUUCAGAUUACGAAAGUUUAGACGAAUAA